AUGCCCGCGGGAUCUGCAUGGUGUCAGCCUGCUUUGCUAUUGCUUCUCUCCUCCGCGCCACUGUGGGCAGCCGAGCUUUCCUGCAGGAAUGAAGAUGGGGAGACGGUCGAUUGGUUUAUUCUUUACAAGUUGCCAAAACAUGCCAAAGGAGAGAUUCCUACACUGGGGCUGGAAUACAUGUACAUGGAUGCCCUGGCUCCGCAGUGGCAGCUCGGUAAAUACCUCAUCAACAUGACACAGGGUGCUCUGGGACAAACGCUGAAGCAGCUGUAUGAGACGUACGAAUCCGAGAGGAACAGCAUUGCAUAUGCAAUAUACAAUGACGAGGUCCCUGAAUCAGACUCUGAUGGGUGGAAAAGAGGACAUACCAAAGGAUUUCUGCUCUUGGACAAAUCACAAGGCUUCUGGGUGAUUCACAGUGUGCCUCUGUUCCCUCCCAUCCCUGAGGAUGGUUAUGGGUAUCCAGCUACUGGGGAGUCCUAUGGACAGACGGCCAUCUGUAUAACCUUCAAAUAUGACCAGUUCACAGAAAUAGACCAACAGAUGCUGAGUUAUAAUCCAGGAAUCUACAGCUGUUCCAUCCCUAACAUCUUCCAAGCCGAUCUCCUAAAUCUGCAGAAGCUCUGUGCAGGGUCCAGGCUGCCCUCGGUCCCCUUGCGCCACCUCUCCAAGCUCCAGUCAGCUCACGGGGAAACCUUUCUCCACUUUGCAAAGUCACACUUGUUCAUAGAUGAUAUCUAUGUGGCCUGGAUGGCUCAGGAACUGAAGACUGAUUUGUUGGCUGAAUCCUGGCAGCAUUCUGGCCAAAAACUUCCCUCAAAUUGCUCUCUCGACUACUACGUCUACAACAUAAACCUAAUAGGAAUGCCAUCAAAUUCCACCUUUUAUUCCAUUAACGAUCAUUCCAAAUGGGCUGUUUCAAGGCAAUACAAAGAUCAGUGGACCUGCAUUGGAGACUUAAACCGUGCUGCUGAGCAAGCUUGGCGAAGUGGUGGGUUCAUCUGCACACAGAAUGAAAACAUCUACAAAGCCUUCAGGAAUUUGAUAAUCCACUACGAAAGUUGCACUGAUGCUUCCACAUUGAUAUAA